AUGACCCAGGCAUUCUAUGCCCUCACUGUAGAAGCUCCCUCCGCUCCAACCCACGCUGUCACCUGCAAUGCGAUCCCCGGACUCAAAGCGACCGAUCAGCAAAUCUUCGAGGCACGCGGCGAGCACAUUCUUCUCCACCGGAUCGUGGAAAGCGCCGACAGAACCGAGCGUAGCAUUGUCACAGUAUGCGAUCAGAAUGUGUUUGGGAUCGUGCGCGGUGUGGCCGCUUUCCGUAUUCCUGGAACUGCUACUGAUCAAUUGGUCGUUUCAUCCGACUCUGGCCGUGUAACAAUGCUCACGUACGAUGCCGACAAGCAAAAUUUCAAGCGAGUCCACCUCGAGACAUAUGGCAAAUCUGGAAUCCGUCGAACGAUUCCUGGACACUACCUGGCGAGCGACAGUCGAGGGAGAUGUAUCAUGUUGGCAAGCGUGGAGAAGAACAAGGUGGUCUACAUGUUGAAUCGCCAUGCCGACGGCAACAUUAUCAUAUCGAGUCCUCACGAGGCCAACCAGAUGGGCAGUCUAUGUUUCGGAAUAUGCGCGCUGGACACUGGCUGGGACGCUCCGAUCUUUGCGGCAUUGGAAGUCGAGUACACAGAAGCGGAGGCUGAUCCGAGCGGAGAUGCGUUCAAGAGGAGGGAAAAGCAAUUGGUGUACUAUACGGUGGACAUGGGGCUGAAUCAUGUGGUCAAGAGCUGGACCGACACAGUGGACUACACAGCGAAUAUGAUUAUUGGUGUACCUGGAGGACAAGACGGACCAUCAGGAGUGCUGGUCUGCGCGGAGGAUCGCAUCUACUAUCGCCACGACAAACAUCCUGCUCUCUCGAUUACGAUACCUCGAAGGAACGGCCCAACCGAGGACUCGGCGCGGAAGAGGACGAUUGUCGCAUACUGCUUGCACCUGGCCAAGACGAGACACGAAUUCUUCUUUUUCUUGCAGACAGAAGACGGCGAUGUCUUUAAGCUGAACAUGCAAAUGGAGCUGGACGACCAAGGCCGCCAGACCGCGAGACCUUCAGCAAUCGUCAUGAAAUACUACGACACAUUUCCGAUCGCCCGCCAAAUGCUUCUCUUGAAGAAGGGCUACCUCUACAUUGCCACUGAGAACGGCAACAGCCAUCUCCUUCACGUCGACGAUUUGGCCGAUGAUCCAGACUUUGAACCCCACAACACCUUUACCUCCGACGGUGUUCCAUCCGAUCCACAAGAUCCCACAGAUCCGACAUACUUCCAGCCGAGAGAACUGACGAUGACCCACGUCGCCUGCGACGUUCCAGGGUUACACCCACUGAUCAAGACGAAAGUGGACAACCUCACCAGUGAAGAUGCUCCGCAAAUCUACGCAAUCCAAGGCACAGGCAAUAAGAGUCAGUUCAAGACGAUCCGUCACGGUCUGAACGUGGAGGAGAUCAUCAACAACAGCAUGGGCAAUGUGCCUUAUGACAACAUCUGGACAUUCAAACAUCGAUCCACGGAUGAAUUCCAUCGAUACCUCCUCCUCAGCAGUAGCUAUGGCGAUCUCACAAUCGCAUGUUCCAUCGGCGAUUCGGUCGAGCAGAUCGAGAACUCCAGCUUUCUGGAAAACCGCGCAACAGUCCAUGCGCAACAAAUGGGCGACGCGACACUCGUUCAAGUACACGCUCGCGGUAUUCGAAGCAUCCUGGAAUCUGGCGCACUCAACGAGUGGCCAACACCCGCACAUCGCACUGUGGUCGUCGCAUCAGCAAACGAGCGCCAACUACUCCUGGCAUUGAGCUCUGCCGAGCUUGCCUUCUUCUUUAUGCAAGACGAUGGCAUCCUUGUGCAGCUUGAGGAGAUGCCAGAAAUGAGUGGCAAGGUGACUGCGCUGUCUGUCGGCCGGACACCGAAGGGUCGACAGCAAGCAAAGUAUGCAGUCGUGGGGUGUGAUGACUGCACAAUUCGCGUCCUCAGCAUCGAGCUGGAUUCGCCGUUAGAGCCACGCAGUGUGCAAGCUCUUUCGGCCGUUCCAACAUCGCUUGAGGUGGUCGAGAUGCAUGAUCCUUCAUCGAAUUCAUACGUCAAUGUGGUGCACAUCGGUCUCCAGUCCGGUCUGUACCUCCGAGCAGUCAUCGACGAGACAACUGGCGAGCUCGGUGAUGUACGGACGAAAUUCUUGGGCACUCGGCCUCCCCGGUUAUGUCCCGUCGAGAUCAAUGACCAAGAGUGCGUCCUCGCAUGCUCAAGCCGACCAUGGCUUGGUUACAAUCACCCGCAGAGCCAGCAGUACACAGUCACGCCUCUCAUUGCUGAGCCAAUCGAAGCGGCAAGAUCAUUCAUCAGCCCUGAUCUGGUCGGCCUCUGUGCUAUUCAAGGCUCUUCCCUCCUGAUCAUGCAAGUACCCUCCAUCGAAGGACGGCUCUCAUCCUCCACAAUCGACCUCAACUACACACCUCGCGCCAUGGAUCGCAACCCUCUCUACCCCAUCUGGUAUACAGCACAAGCGGAUGGCAACACAUUAUCAAAAGCCAUGCGAGACCAGCUACGAGGCAAGUCAAUAGACGAUGACGAAGAGGCCACCGCAUUGGAGAAACACCUCGGUGUGUCCCGGGGCACCGGCCACUGGGCGUCUUGCAUACAAGCAAUCGACCCUAUCACACAAAAAGCAGUCACCCACACCAUCGAGCUUGGCGAAAACGAGGCCGCACUCUGCAUCGCCUGCGUCCCCUUCACUUCCCGUCAAGACGAAGUAUUCCUCGCCGUCGGUACAGGCCAACACAUGUCUCCCGGCACCUCCCAACCCUCCACCGGCUUCGUCCACAUCUACCGCCUCCUCGAAGAAGGCACCAAACUCGAAUUCGUCCACCGCACCCAAUUCGAUAGCCCCAUCUACGCCCUUUGCAAAUUCAACGGCCGCCUCGCCCUCGGCGUUGGCAACGAACUCUUCAUCUACGACAUGGGCAUGAAACAUCUCCUCCGCAAAGCCCGCGGCACCGCUGUUCCCAACCUCAUCACCCACAUCACCUCCGUCGGCAACCGCCUCAUCUGCGCCGACGUCUCCGAAAGCGUAACAUACGUCGUGUACAAACCUGCCUUCAACCGUCUCAUCCCUUUCGUCGACGACACGAUCCAACGCUGGACUACCGCCACCGCCCUUGUUGACUACGAAACCGUUGCGGGCGCGGACAAGUUCGGCAAUCUGUGGGUCGUGCGCUGUCCCGAAGCGACGUCCACUGAGGCCGACGAAGAUGGCGCAGGCGGGUACAUCAUGAAUGAACGCUCCUACCUCGGUGGUGCGCCGUACCGCCUCGAACUGAGGUCUCAUUUCUUCGCCAACGACAUCCCCACCUCCCUGCAACGCACCUCCCUCGUCGCGGGUGGAGCUGAGGUCAUCUUCUGGAGUGGACUACAAGGAACGCUGGGUAUGCUCGUACCCUUUGUCUCAAGGGAGGACGUGGAGUUCUUCACGGCAUUGGAGUCGCAGAUGAGGCAAGAGGAUCCGCCGCUUGCGGGCAGGGACCAUUUGAUGUAUCGAAGCUAUUACGUGCCGGUGAAAGGUGUGAUUGAUGGGGACCUUUGCGAGAGAUACCUUGGGUUGAGGGAGGAUGUCAAGGGGAAGAUUGCUGCGGAGGUGGAUCGCAGUGUGAAGGAGGUCGAGAAGAAGGUGCAGGAGAUGAGGGGGAGGGUGGCUUUUUAA